AGCCUUACAAUCAACGAACGGCACAGCCAUCGCCUCAUCCGCGAUCUAUUCGCUCAUAAGGAUGCCAUAUUCGGUGAAUUGAAACACCAGUCCAGAGUCAUGGGAAUCAGAACAUCCAUCGACCAUCCUCGCGUGGAUAUUCCGCCCCAGAACAUCAAUAUCCUCGACGGCAACGCACCCGAUCUCGCGGCUGAGUAUUCAUCCUUUGAGGCGCGAAUUGCUCGCUAUGGCGGUAUUAAGCUCUUCCUGGGUGGUCUGGGUCCAGACAGGCAUAUCACUUUCAACGAACCAAGCUCCUCUUUGAACAGUCGUACUCGUGUUAAAACCCUGGCAUAUGACACAAUCUUGGCUAACUCGCGGUUCUUUGGCAAUGACUUGGACUUGGUGUUGCGGAGGUCACUUACCGUGGGUAUUCAGACUAUCAUGGAUGCUCGCGAAUUUGUCAUCGUGGCCACCGGUGCUCACAAGGCUCGUCAUCAGCACGGAUGAGAGCAAGUCGGCAAUCGCACAGCAUAAAUUGCCUGCGAUGUUCCGUCGCAAGAUCUUGGAUGAUGGGACACAGCCAUCUGGAAUCACACGGCAUGAAUUGCCUGCAAUAAUCAUCGUCGCCGGACUGUUCCGUCGCUUCGGAUGAUGGCUGGUAACUCAGAGGCUAGACUCACUCGACUUACAAACGUCUCUGACUGAUCUGGUAACCCUACGCUCUUCAUGCGGUCAAGGACGUUGAUUAUGCUACCUUCGAAAGAGAAUAAAUAAAGGAAGAAGCAAGGGAAAAGAAAAGAAAAGAAAAAAAGAUAAG